CUUCCGGCCCCAUGGCUGGCGGGUGUAGGGGUUCCCGUCCUCGGGAAGGAUAACUCUGGGCAGCGUGUUCCGCAGCCAUGGAGCAGGAUGAUCCGGCCGAGGCGCUGGCCGAGCUGCGUGAGCGGCGACUGGGUCCGUUUGAACUGCUACAGGUGGCGGCGGGCUCGGGCCUGGCCGCCUACGCUGUGUGGGCGCUGCUACUGCAGCCGGGUUUCCGCCGGGUGCCGCUGCGGCUGCAGGUACCCUAUGUUGGCGCAAGUGUGAGGCAGGUGGAGCAUGCAUUAUCGCUGCUGCGAGGCCGUUCUGGAAAGCUGGUGGACCUGGGCUCUGGAGACGGCAGGAUUGUGCUGGCUGCCCACAGGUGCGGUUUCCGCCCAGCGGUGGGCUAUGAGCUAAACCCGUGGCUGCUGGCGCUGGCGAGGCUGUAUGCCUGGAGGGCUGGCUGUGCCGGCAGUGUCUGCUACCACCGCGAGGACCUCUGGAAGGUGAGCCUGAGGGACUGCCACAAUGUGUCUGUGUUCCUGGCCCCGAGUGUGCUUCCACUGCUGGAGAAAAAGCUACAGGCAGAACUGCCUGAGGGGGCCCGUGUGGUGUCGGGACGCUUCCCCCUCCCCACCUGGCGGCCUGUGGCUGUGGUGGGUGAGGGCCUGGACCGUGUCUGGGCCUAUGACAUCCAUAGUGGUGGGCCAGCUGGGCAGGCAGCCCCUACACCCAAUUCUCCCUUGGUCCCUAGGGCCCCUGAUCCUCAGGCUGGCUGACCAUGUGGACACAAUAAAGACUCAAUGGGCUCCACCCUGACUUUUAUUGUGU